CUUUCUGCGCAAGACGAUAUACGCGAUUCGUUUCGAAACUAAUCGGAGUCGUUAGCGUUUCGUAAAUUGCGCGGCGGUUGGUGACUCAUCGAUUGUUCUUCCAUAAAUUGUGCCCAUUAGACGUAAUUACCUUCGGUUCCUUCUACGGUGAUCUCGAGCCUCUAAUUUUGGGGAUAAGGAUGCAAGCGGAGAAAACCGACACGGAGACCGAGAAGGUCGAGAACAACCACGUCGAGGAAAAGAAUGAGGCCAAGACGGAGAAAAACGGCGCUAUUGGCGAGUCUACGGAGGAGGCGGUCGCGAACAAGACCGCGAAUCUGAAGAUCGAGGAGGACACCGGAAGCUCGGCGCCAAGCAGUCCGGGCGCCACGCAGCCUGGCACGUUUCUGGCAAGUUUCAAGGCGUUCUCGAAAUUCGGUGACCCGAAAAGCGACGGGAAACUGAUCACGCUGAGUCAAAGCGACAAAUGGAUGAAGCAGGCGAAGGUGAUCGAUGGGAAGAAGAUCACCACCACGGAUACGGGAAUUUACUUCAAAAAGCACAAAUCCACGAAGCUGGGAAUAGAACAGUACAAAGCGUUCCUGGAUGAGCUAGCUAAGAACAAGAAGGUCGACCUGGCCGAAAUGAAGAAGAAAAUGGCGCACUGCGGGCCACCCGGCGUGACCGCUACCUCAGCGGCUGGAAAGGCAGGCUCGACCGUGGACAGACUGACGGACGUCAGCAAGUACACCGGCUCUCACAGGCAGCGUUUCGACGAGGCCGGCAAGGGGAAGGGGAUCGCCGGCCGGAAGGACCAGCCUGAUCAGUCUGGCUACGUGCAGGGUUAUCAGAACAAGGACACCUAUAACAAGGGCCAUUAGCCUGUGAUCGCGUCGUUCUGCGAUGUCUUCGACACACACUGUCGUCCCGUCCACGCAUUUCGUGCGAAACAAACGCGUUUCCGUUUGCGCGCCAUCGCUGUCUCGUCGAUGUUCUUCCGGGUUGGGAAGGGGGGGGGGGUCGCGGCACGGCGAACGGCACCAUCGCCGACAAUCAGGGACGCGAACCGAACGCUUUGACGAAAAUUUGGAAGAUCUGAGAGCGAUCCGUUGAUCCCAGCGAGACGAAGACACGGAGGAACAUCUCUGAAGCUUUGUUCACGCCUGUUUUUCCUGUACGCUAAACAGAGAAAGACGCAGGAAGCUUCUGAUCGCUUCGAAACGCUGCACACAGGGUUCGGUGUACGGAUCGUCCUUGCACCGACUGAUUAUUAUCGUAGACUUCGCGUAAACGGUGGACUCUGAUGGGUAACACUGGGACGUGUGACAGUUUGACGCGUUUGAAAUAUGUAUACUGUAUUUGGGAGGUUGGGCCAUUUCGAAAUAGAGGAAGCACGGUUCCUUUGACACUGUUAUGGAUGAUCUGUUUUUUUUUUUUUGUUUUGCGAAGAUGAUUGCCCCGAUUGUUCGAUUCACGAUGAUCGCUUUUCUGUAAUUCUGGACACUUUGACACUACGGAGGUUCUUACUUUUAUUUGUUCGGAUGUGAUUUAGAUGUUUUUGGUUUCUUCGGUAUGUAUAUUACGUUUGUUAACCAUGACGAUCGAGAUGAAGGGAGCAGGCGAAGCUUCUUGCAGGCCGCCAUAUUGGCGUUACGUAAGAAUUUCGCGCGCGUUCUCGGCUAUCACGUCGAUCCUUGGGAAUCUUUGUAUGUACAGUUUACGGAUCCGCUUCGGUGUACGGGAAAAAGUCGAAUUUGUGAUUGAUCAUAUAUCUACCAUAUAUAUAUAUAUACGUAAUCGAUUAAAAGUGUACUUAAACGUGGCUACUGGGACGGUAGCGGCGGGUUCGAGACCAAAAUCCGUGACUUUGGUGUAUUUACUAACUAUCGAAGAUGUCUGGGUGAGAUAUAAGCAGAAACGAUGGAAUUCUUGCUUCUUGUUUGCUAAGGGAGGAAUGAAACGGAAAUAUUUAAAAAAAAAAAAAAAUGGACAAACGUGUCGCGUCUUCUUAGCCUAUUUUCUACGAGUAUCUUUUCGAGAAAAUUGUCGACGAUUUCAAUCUUCCGACGUCGUGUAUUCCGUUUCAACAGUUUCUGGGUAGGGGGAGGGGUAUUGUCUCACUUUCGCGAGUACCUACGUUAUGUCAAUGUAACCGUAAUGCACUUUACGAACCCUCUAAAAUCGAUGUAUGUACAGUACACUCUUUAGGGGACAAUGUCGACCGAUUCUCUCGAACGUUGGAAACGUCUUUGUUCGGGAUAAUAAAGAAGAGU